AUGCUCAUGAACAGUGAAAUCAAGAAUAGAAUUGCUCUGCGACGUAUUGAAUCAAGUCUUGAUCAAGAGGCGGAGGUGGAGAUACUCACUUGGGACGACCAAUGGACCACAUACGACGAUGCGUCCUCAUUCAAGCUGAAGACGGACUUUGCUAGAUCCGAAUGUCUCGGUGCGAUGGUCUGGGCCGUUAGUCAUGGCGAUUCCAGCGGAACAUUCUCACGGUCGCUUUCAAAUACUGCAAUUCGACCAUUUACUUCACUGAAACGGUACCGCGGCGACGGUAGCAGCUCACGAAAAACAUCACUGUUUACGAGCAACAUCUCCAAUGUAUGUGGAUAG